CGGGCCACGGGGACGCGCGUCACGUGACCGCGAUUUGGUUUCUGCUUCUUAACUAUAGUCUGAGUGACUACAGAGAGAGAAAGAGAUUUCAACAGCUGUUGGACCUACUCUGAAACUAAACCCGAGCGAGCGAUUGUUCGAAAUCGGAUCUGCCUGGCCUGUUGUGGAACUUUGCCUGGUCGCCCUGGCAAGACCAGCCCGCGGAUUCAUUGCUUUGAUUCAACUGGGAUUCUAAUUGGGCUCGACAAUGAACUCUGAUGGAGUGAGCCGGUUUGGAUGGCAGAGCUGGGAAUGAAGCAGCAGCUCAGUUUCCGUUUCUUUGUUUCCCUUUCUAGGGUGCAAUGAAGAUGCGUGGCGAGUUAAACUAGUUGGGCAUCCCUGUUCCCUCCCUCUCUGCUCGUUCGGAAGCAGCGUGCUGCUAAAUGCCAGAGUAGGCAACCAGAGCGGUUCUGCGGGGCCAAACAGUGACGGUGCGGUGGCGUGGAGUUGGGACUUUGCUGUACUAGUCGCUUUUUAAGAGGAAAGAGACGGAUGCAAUCCCCGAAAGGUGAAAAGUGUUUUCAUACACAUUAAAGAGACUGAAGCGGCGUGUUUGGACAGAGAGAGAGAGAGAGCUGUGCUCCCGUCGUGGAUUUUACGCGUCGCUGGCUGGAUGUCUGUUUGGCGACUCGUGCUGUGGAACUUCAAUAAAGGCUCAAGUCCACGGGAGGCACGCAGGCACGCGCUGUGGAGCCACCAUCUCCCCUCAACUUGGAGAUCAAAGUUGGCUCCGGCUUGCGUCGUCGGUUUAUGACCUAAUUGUUGCUGCAGAGGGUCGCAGCACUGCCCCGUGAAAGUUGUAGACUGCCGGCCAGCGCGUUACCGUUGUUGUAGGACAGGGUACGGGACGCGUAGUUUCCCCUCACUGGCUUCUGCAAGUCGUCUCUCCCUUUCGCCGGGGCUGUAAACGAGCUGCCAAGAAGAACGACAUGCUCUAGACGCUGAAACAGAGGACUGCACGAUAUUCAGUAUUUGCAAUUUUGAAGCCUGUUGUCCGAGGAUUACAGUUGUACCUGGCUGGAAUUAAAUCACGGCUAACCUCGCCUGGCUCUUGUGGCUCGCUGCGAUCCGGGGCUUGAGGGGGAUGCUGAAAUAACAAGGAGUAAUCGUCAAUCGUGGGCCCCUAGCAGGAUAUCUUAGAGGAACUUUUCCACGAGUGUAGUUUCCCAGUUGCGGCAAUUUCGACCCCGCAAAUUUGCGUGCCUUGGUUUGGUGGCAGUGAACCCUCGCCAGCCCUGACUGAUAUGGACAUUAAAUGGAGUUAGCUGCCAUUACAUUCCCUGGUGAAGUUCAAGAACGCCUCGUGUAAAUACUCAUUCAUCUUGUCCAACUUCAGGCUCCAGAAGUGCGCAUUCCACCGUUCAAGAGUAUUUUUAAACAGAAAAGAGACCGGUUUAAAAGCAUCACUGUGGAUUUAUUGGAAUGUCUACGAUGACAAUUAGACGGAUUGGCCGCGGAACUCUUGAGCUGUUUUUCGUGGCGCUGAUUACAAGUGUCGCCGUCACAGUGGCAAGCAAAGUGCUACCCACCAAUUCUGAUGCUCUUCUCGGUGCCUCCGCCACCUCUGCCACCACCAGCCCUCCUAACGUGUACCUUCCAGCCAGCUUCAAGCUCUCCAACACCCAGCUCGCCUUCUUUCUGCGGGAGACACGCCAAGCUCCACAGGGUAACCAGAGCGGCCACCCCCUGCAGCGGUCCGAAAGCUUUGUGGUUUUUCAGACCAAGGAGCUUCCAGCUGUCAAUGUCACAUUUGGGCCUUUUGCUCAGGACCAGAUCCUUUCCAGAGAUCUCUUGCAGCCCUCCAGCCCGCUGGAAGUCCCUGGCUGGUUAACAGUCAACUGGAAGGUCCGGGCCUUUAUUGUCCAGCCUAGGGUCUUCUCCAGCAACCCCGUUGUCCAGGUGCUAUUUUACAUCGCCGGCCGAGACUGGGAUGACUUCAAAGUGGUGGACAAGUUGCCCUGCGUGCGGCUUCAUGCCUUCCGGGACGUACGGGAGAUCAAGACCUCAUGUCGGCUCCGGGGGGACUUGGCGCGUUGCCUGGCUCAGCUGGAGCUCCCGGGCACAUGGUUCAACAUUAACGUGGCCCCCCUGGCUCGCAGGAAGGUCAUGGAAGGACUUGAAUUGAGUGGCGAGACCCUCCAGGCUGAGCUGUACUACACGGUUCAUGACCCUGAUGGGAACGGGGAGUGUGGAGACAACUCCCCCCGUCGGGGGACAGGGGGUCUCCGAGGAGAGAUGCCCACCCAGCACCCUCUUCUACGCAUUGGGAGCAUCAGUCUCUACCAGCCCAGCCAGGAGCAGAUGAUGAUGGACAAGCAGCUGGACAAGAACAUGUUCCUACGACUGCCGGAGAAACCGCUGAAGCCAGGAGAAAUCCUCAGCAUCAGCCUGUUCCUGGUGCCCAACUCUACUGUUGACCAGUUUAUUCUCAAGGUGAAGGCUAAGAAAGGGGUGAACCUGCUGCAGACCAAGGCCAAGAAUGAGCAAUGGUCCUUCAAAUCGGAGGUUCUCACAGGUGCCAAGCACUCCAUAGCCACCAUUGAGGUUGUCAAAAGGAAGGGCGUUGCAGUGGGGGACAUAACCUCCAACAUUGAGAUCAUGCAGCUGGACUUUGAGAUGGAGAACUUCACCAGCCAAUCGGUCACCCGACGCAUCAACUGGAACAUCGACUACCAGGGCUCGAACCCACCCCCGGAUUCAGAGAAGGUGGUCACAGAGCUGACGGUUGUCCAACGGGACAUACAGGCCAUCAUCCCUCUGUCCAUGGACACCGAGAUCAUCAACACAGCCGUGCUGACCGGGCGGACAGUGGCCAUUCCAGUGAAGGUCUUCUCUAUAGAAAUGAACGGGGUGGUCACGGAUAUAUCCGCACUCAUCCAGUGCAAGUCCACAAACGAGGACAUUGUCAAGGUGUCCAUGAACUGCGACUAUGUGUUUGUGAAUGGGAAGGAGACUCGAGGGUCCAUGAACGCCAGAGUGGUCUUCAGCUAUGAGCACCUGAGUGCUCCCCUGGAGCUCACCGUGUGGGUGCCCAAACUGCCCCUCCGGGUGGAGCUCUCCGACACCAGGCUGAGUCUCAUCAAGGGCUGGAGAGUACCCAUCCUUCCUGACCGCAGGACUGCCAGGGACAGUGAAGAUGAGGAUGAGGAAGAGCGCAAGUACAACCGUGGCUGUGCUCUCCAGUACCAGCAUGCCCUGGUGCGAGUGCUCACUCAGUUCCACACCACCUCCACAGAGGGCACUGACCAAGUCAUCACCAUGUUGGGACCGGACUGGCAGGUGGAUGUCACAGACCUGGUCCAGGACUCUCUGAAGGUGGCCGACCCACGAGUCGCUGACUUGGUGGACAGGAGCGUGCUGGUAGGCCUGGAGCCUGGAACUACCACCCUGAAGGUGGAAUCCCCGCUGGCUGUGGAAGCCGUUCUCGGGGAGGCCUCCUUCUCAGUGACGGAAGACAAGGAGUCCAUCACAGGCCUGCAAAUCCAUGCCAUUGCAGGCCUCUCCCUCACCCUGCAGCCCAGCCCCGGGAACAGCCACACCAUGGUUGCCAAGGUGACCGGAGUACAGACUCUGACUGCUCCCAAACAGGAAGCAAGCCUGUCCAUCUGGGUUUACUACAGUGAUGGCACAGCAGUUCCACUGAGCCUAUUUGACCCCAGAGACUACAAUCUGAAUGGCACCUCUCUGGAUGACAAAGUAGUGACAGUAUCCCAGGAUCCACAGCUGCGCUGGCCUGUUGUGGUGGCCGAGGGAGAGGGCUCUGGCGAGAUCAUCCGGGUGGAGAUGACCAUCUGUGAAGCCUGCCAAAAAACCAAGCGCAAAAGUGUGAUCUCAUCCGCUUCGGUCUACGUCAAGGUCCGCUUGGGGGCUGAGGAGGACUCAGACGAAGAUGGAGAAGAUUACAUAGGCACUCGGGUGGGUCAGGGGCCAGGUCGCAUGGAGCCUGAGGAAACUCUUACUACCAGAAGACCAAGUGAUGAUUCAAAUGUGGGCGGGAGCAGCUACGAGGUCACUAAUGUGCAGCCAGCCAGUGUCCCUAUCGAUUACACCAACUUCCCCACCAGCAACCAGGAAGGGCCGACUGAGGGAGAUGAGGAUGAGGGGGGCUUUGUGCAUGCCCCCCGCAGCCUGACAGACUUGGAAAUUGGCAUGUAUGCCCUCCUGGGGGUCUUCUGCCUGGCCAUCUUGGUCUUCCUCAUCAACUGCAUUGUAUUUGUCCUAAAGUACCGCCACAAGCGCAUCCCUCCCGAGGGCCAGGCCAACAUGGACCACUCCCACCACUGGGUGUUCUUGGGGAACGGGCAGCCCCUGCGGGCCCAGAACGAUCUGUCACCACAACAAGUUGAGAGCCCCAGUAACCCGCUCGAAGGGGUACAAACGUGCUGCCACGGGGACCACCAUAGUAGUGGAAGCUCCCAGACCAGCGUGCAAAGCCAGGUCCAUGGCAGGGGGGAUGGAAGUUCAGGGGGUUCCACCAAGGAGCACAGUGAGGAGCCCCUCAAUUCCCCCACCUCCAAGCGCAAGAGGGUCAAGUUCACCACCUUCACCACCCUGCCCACUGAGGACAUGCCCUACAACUCCAUUCCCAUUGCAGAUGAGGAGGACAUCCAAUGGGUAUGCCAGGACAUGGGCUUUCAAGAUCCAGAAGAACUGCAUGACUACAUGCGCAGGAUAAAGGAAAUACCCUAGGGAUCAUUGGCUGUGCCGCAUUCUUAGAACUUCUCUCUUUCUUUCUUCUCACUUUAGUGGAGAUAUCUUUUCACAGAUGAACAGCAAAAACAGGUCGUGAUUCUCUUUUUUAAUUUCCUUUGCACAGUGCUCCCUCCUGUACACCAACACUCUUUUCGAUGGCCGCGAAAACACAAAGCCAAAGAGAAAAUGAAAUAAACCCUAGUGAAACGGGCUUGUGGCGGCUUUCCUUCGUGACGGAGGGGAGAGAUGUAAAAAAACACAACGGUGAGCACUGUUCUUGAGAUGAAUGGAUCAUAACAGGCUGUACCACAUCUGUGCCAAUCUGGGUGCAGUUGCUUCAGCUUGAAUAAAGGCAGGACUGUUGUCAUGGGGUAGGGGGGUUGCUCCUGUGUUUGAUAGCUUAUCAUAAGUACAAGUACCUUCUGUAAUAAAGAGGCCUUUGAUGUGCAGGUCAGAAAUCCAGAGAAUGUUGGGAAGGAUGGUUUAUACUUAACUGGAGCUAGGUGAAUUUCAUUCUUUGUCAGAACUUUCAAAAGAAUGUUUUGGGAUCUAUCCAUACCAACGGAUGCAAACUGAAUUACUGAUUGUUCAAUAUCCCUUUUCAGAUUUCCACUCAUCUUUACAUUUUUACCCUAUUUCUCAACCUUGCCUCUUUUUUCACUCUUAGCCAAGGUAAUCUAAAACCUCAGAGCAGGCCUGAUUAACAUUCAUCGUGGCACGACUCUCUUGGCAGAAGCUAUAAUAUAAAAUUGCCUUACAGAAUUAACCCUGCUGGUUAAUCCUGACACAAUUCUGUCUUUCCAUAUGGGUUCGAGACACCAAAGGAGGCCAUACCUACCAAUGGAAUGCCACUGUUGGCCAUUUUCUAUUGAGCUGGUGGAAGGAAUCCAUUGGUUUCUUGUAAAGAAAAGAAGUGAGACACCAUCUGUGAAUGGGACGCAUCUUUUCUAAAAUUCUGUGCAUGGAAGGAGAGCUCUGAGGCAUAAUUCAGCAAGUUUCCAAGUUUGUAAAUGUUUGUAUUGUAAUAAUUAUCUAAUCAUGCAUAGACAAUACAUAAAGGAAGUAUGUUAUCAUGCAUUGCAAGCAUGCAGCUUCAGACCUGCCUUCCAGCCACCUUAUAUGUGUAUACUAAAAGACCCUCUUCCUCCACUCUGAAGAGAGAUAGUGUAGUGCUAUGUGGAGAAACCUGCCAAGGUUUCACAUACCCAUUGCUGUGACUGGAGGUUUUCCUCUGCAGAGUUUCGCUACUAAUAAACUUUCUGCUUGAAAGCCAUUUUCAUCCUGCCAUUAAUGAACUCAUGGCAUUUCAGACCAAGAGUACUUCAGAUACACAAUAAAGAUCCCUUGCAGUCCAAAAUCAGCUGCAGACUCCCAAGUUAUCCUUUAAAUAUGCAGUGUAAAUGUCCCAUGUUCAGAAUGGACUUAACCAUAACAAUGCUAAUUAGUGGAUAAAAACAUACACACAACAGUAAUAUUUUUUUAAAGUGCAAUGAGGGCCAUGUCAGUCUCCGUUUAAGAAUAAUAGAAAACAAUUUCCAUUCUGGGACAAGAAAAACAUUGGAUAUGCCGUUACAUUGCCAGGGCGUCUACCCAGUGAAAGUCAAUGUUGCAUUAGCUGGGGCCUCCAGCCGAGUUGAUUUCUUGGACUGAAGCUGGUCUUGUAUCUAUGGGAAUCAACCGGAGGCACAGAGGCUCUGCUCAGCUCCAGUGUCCGUCUGUGGUGCACGUUGGUGCCAAGAGAGUGGCAAUACCAAGAAAUUGUUGACAGGGGUCUGGAUGGCAGGCUUGUGGCUGAACGUUGGCGUGUUCAAUACUUAGACAUUGUUAGUUACGUUCGGGGGUUAUGCACACAUGAGGAAAAACAACAAAGACGUGUUGUGGCCGUUGCAGAUUGAAUGGAAAGUUGGGGGUGUUAAAUAUUAGGGUGGGAGGGGGAUUGCUUCUUCGUUGGCCCCAGGUUUUUAUUUUUUAAAAGUAGACUAGGUUCUUCACAAUAAAAGAAAAAAAACAGCUUUAGCGAAAACAAAUCUUGGAAGAAAAUCUAGGAAUUGAGCAGUAUGGAAAUACUGUCUGUGGCUGGUGGCUUUUUUCCCCACAUGUCAUUGGACCCACCUAACUUAAAAUGUACCUAAAAUACAAUGAAAUGAUGGUUUACAAUAAUAAAAUGUGAUUCUGUACUUUGUUUUUAGGACAGGGGUUUUGGAUAGGAGUUAAUAGGGGUCUGCUCAAGAGAUUCCAGGGCCUAGAAAGUGUCAGUUAAGUUCCUAGAAGCAGCCAGCUUACCAAACAUUAACAACCUGUGGUCAGUAUAUGCCAGAACUGCAAACCAUUAGACAGAGCAAUUACCAUACGUAUCCUAAGCCAGUUGGAUAUUUUAUUAAUGGUUAUUUUUGUACAUAUAUAAUGCAACAUUUCCAAUUAAGACAAAAAUAGUCUAGGAGAAAGGCUCUUUUCAUUUAAUGGUAAAAUAUGUCUUUCAUUAGUCUUUUAUUUAUUUUUUUUUACUUCUUUUAAGUUAUUCCUGUCAUUGUGUUAUUUUAUCAGUACUUUUUAAAUAUGUAUAAGACUUGAGCUUUUCUGGCAGAGAUUGCCCACAAUGCACAUUUCCGGAAUGAUGUGAGCUGCUGUAGGAAACUUUACUCGACACGUUUAUCUUGCUGAGUCUCUGGUGAGACCAGCAGGGAUUUUACAUCGUCAACAACUUAGAUAUGUCAUGUACAGAACACUGUCAAUCUCCCUGUAUUCUCCCGACAACUCCUUGUAUUUUUCCCUGCUGUAUGUAAGUACUAAAGAAAAUACAAAGCA